GACAGUGGCAGCUCGCGGCAGCUGCAUCUUUAACUCACUUAUUAUCAUCCUUUUUUGUGGGAUUUAAUUUCAGCCUCCACUGAGCGACACCGAGCUUUAUUUUAUCCCGAAUGUGUCUGCGUCACCGGAGGCAACAACCGCCGCGGUGCACGGCGGUAUUUAGCAUGUAGCUUAGCCGUUUGUUUGGCAGGUGACACAGAAAGACCACUGGCUCCAAACUCUUUGAUUCAUCCUCGAGAUUUAGACCUUCAAACUGGCUGAAAUGGAUGAACAAAGUGUCGAGAGCAUCGCUGAGGUGUUUCGCUGCUUCAUCUGCAUGGAGAAACUGCGGGACGCUCGCCUCUGCCCUCACUGCUCCAAACUCUGCUGCUUCAGUUGCAUACGACGCUGGUUGACAGAGCAGAGAGCCCAGUGUCCACACUGUCGGGCUCCACUUCAGCUGAGAGAGCUGGUCAACUGUCGCUGGGCAGAGGAGGUGACCCAGCAGCUCGACACCCUUCAGCUCUGCAGCCUCACCAAGCACGAAGACAAUGACAAGGACAAAUGUGAGAACCACCACGAGAAGCUGAGUGUUUUCUGCUGGACCUGUAAGAAAUGCAUCUGUCAUCAGUGUGCUUUGUGGGGAGGCAUGCACGGUGGUCACACCUUCAAGCCCUUGGUGGAGAUCUAUGAGCAGCAUGUGACCAAGGUGAAGGAGGAGGUCGCCAAACUCCGCCGUCGCCUCAUGGAGCUCAUCAGUCUGGUGCAGGAAGUGGAGAGGAACGUAGAGGCCGUGAGGGGAGCGAAGGACGAGAGAGUCAGAGAAAUCCGAAACGCUGUGGAGAUGAUGAUCGCUCGCCUGGACAAUCAGCUCAAGAACAAACUCAUCACUCUCAUGGGCCAGAAGACAUCUCUGACUCAGGAGACGGAGCUGCUGGAGUCUCUGCUGCAGGAGGUGGAGCAUCAGCUUCACUCCUGCAGUAAAAGUGAACUCAUCUCCAAGAGCCCAGAGAUCCUGCUCAUGUUUCAGCAGGUCCAUCGUAAACCCAUGCAGUCGUUCGUCACCACUCCUGUCCCCCCGGACUUCACCAGUGAACUGGUCCCUGCAUACGACUCUAGCACUUUUGUUCUCGUCAACUUCAGCACCCUGAGGCAGCGAGCUGACCCCGUGUACAGCCCGCCUCUCCAGAUAUCUGGGCUUUGCUGGAGACUCAAAGUUUACCCAGAUGGUAAUGGUGUGGUCCGUGGAAAUUACCUGUCCGUCUUCUUGGAACUCUCCGCUGGACUUCCUGAAACAUCAAAAUACGAGUACCGUGUGGAAAUGGUCCAUCAAGCCUCCAAUGACCCGACCAAGAACAUCAUCCGGGAGUUUGCCUCAGACUUCGAGGUCGGUGAAUGCUGGGGCUACAACCGCUUCUUCAGACUGGACCUUCUGGCCAGUGAGGGCUACCUGAACAUGCAGACAGACACACUGGUCCUCUGCUACCAGGUUCGCUCACCCACCUUCUUCCAGAAAUGCAGAGAUCAGUACUGGUACAUCAGCCAGCUGGAGUCGGCCCAGAGCGGCUACAUACAGCAGAUCAACAACCUCAAAGAGAGGUUGGCGAUUGAGCUGUUUCGCCGUCAAACGUCACGUAGCUCCUCGCCCCCUGACCAGAGGCUGACCUCAGGCACCACAGCCUCUGAAAGAGACCCUCGCUCGGUGAAGAGUGACGAUGAUAUCCAUACUACUCUGACCAACGCUAAAAAAUUUGAAGAGGAGGAGAGGACCCUGCAAGAUGACUCUAAUGAGCUGUCGGACGGUGACUUGGAGGUGGACUGUCUGACGGAGGAGGAGGUGAACCCGCUGGACGGCAGCAGCACCUCAGGCAGCUCCACGGCCACCAGCAACACUGAGGAGAACGACAUCGACGAGGAAACCAUGUCAGGAGAAAACGAUGUCGACUUCAUUGGGAACCUGGAAACGGAAGAAGGAGAACUUCCCGAUGACUUGGCUGGAGCCGCAGGUGGAUCCCUCUCAGGUGCGCCCUCCCUGCAUCGCAGCGCUGCUGCUGCUGCUGCUGCUGCUCGUGGUGCCAGUAACAGUGGAGUUGGCGCGUGUGGUGCCGCCGUGGGCUCAGGCAGCAACAGCCUCCUGGAGUUGGACCCAGUCAUCCUGAUCCAGCUGCUGGAUCUGAAGGAGCGCAGCAGUGUGGAGUCUCUGUGGGGCCUUCAGCCUCGGCCUCCGUUAUCUCUCCUGCACACACAAGCUCACCCUCACUCGAGAAAAGAACGAGAGCGUCGGCCUCAGGUGGUGAGACGAUCCGCUCCGGACUCUGGCGUCCUGAUCCGCCUCAAGGCUCAGAUGGCCGAGGUCCGCAGCAAGAUCUCGGUCAAGAAUCAAAUGCUGGAGGCUCGUGGUUCUGCGGAGCUGAGGCCUGGCCCGUCGGGGGCCUUCACUGUGGAGGAAGCGCCGUCUCAUCACGCUGACUCAGAGUUGGCAGCUUGUCGUAAGUCCACUGAGCUGGACCUCCUGGGCAGAGCAGCUGCUCGGUCCAGGCCCUGCCGCCCCGCCAGGAAAUCUCUGUCCCCGGUCCUGGACGGCAGUAGCUCGGUGGUCAUGAAGAGGAGGAGUCCAGAGCAGAUGGAGAAGGAGCUGCGAGGAGCAGAGGGAGCCACAGAACUCGGUCUUCAUCCUAAAGACGUUCCCACAGGUGCAGACGGAGUGGUGAAGGCUGAUGGCUCCCAGGCUUCCCACUGCAGCUCCUCAUCAGAACAGCAGCAGUUUUCCAUGGAGCAGCAGCUGUACGGAAUGUCCGGGCCCAAGGACGACAUCUUCUCGUUGGGAGGACCGAGCUACUUAUCGACCAACAAGAGCGGCGGCAGAACGUUAGGGGCAGCGCUGCUGGACUGUGAGUCUGAGAAUUCAGGAAACUCCCAUCAGUCCUUGCUGGAGGGAUCGUCUGCUCCGCCACAGUCAAAGGAAGAUCAGUCGCCCUCUGUCCUGGUGGCAGCAACAAGCAGCGACAGUGACACUGAAGACGAGGUCCUGCAGAGCAACAACUCCACAUAUGACAACCACAAUCCUCCCUGCACAGGAGAGCAGCUUCUGUCUGAUGACGUGAGUCUGCCAGCUGACAGGUGAUUCCCUCCCAGUCCGUCAGACCUGGCAACCCACUGGUUUACCCUCAGUGGUGGCAUGGACACACAGACACUGAAGCAGCUCAGAAUGCAUGAACUCAAAUUCAACAACAAGCGGAUGUUUUUAAUCCUCUGUUUGCACCAGAAACAGUUGAUUCAUUUUAAUCAAAUAUUUCACUCGACUGAAUAAAAACAAUGAAUCGUUUGAGAAAACAGUGACGGAAAGAAAAGCAACAUUUCAGUUUUCAGUAAGAACAUCUUUACGAAGACUAAAAACAUCAGAAACGUCAACAUUACUCGCCACAACAGGGCAUUUCAAAGCUGUCACUCUUUCUGUUUAAAGUUUAUUUAUUUAUAGAUAUAAAUCUCGAUAUUUGCAAGAGUCUAAUGAUGAGCUGUAAAUGAUCUGUAGUCGGUUAAGUUAGGAGUUUAAUCAGAGUUACUCUGCAGCAGGAACACCGCGCUUCUUUCCUUCACUGAUAUAAACCUAAAUUGUUCUUUUCUGGAUUCUCUCUCUCUGUGUCUCUCUCCCUCUCACUGUAUGUGUCUCUCUGUCUCUCUUUAUUUAUUUGACAUUUAGAUAUUUAGACAAAGUCACAGAACAACGUGAAUUCUAAAAUAAAAGAGUACAGCAGUGAUAAUCACAUGUGCUCGUUCAGACAUAAUUGUACGUCUUUGUACAAAACACUUUUAAUAAUAAUUUUUUACUGGUUUAUUUUUCAGAGAAGUUUAACAUGAACCUGCUCUGCUGCUGCUGGAGGAAAAAACACGUGUUUAACAGGUUCUUUCUGCACUAUGUAGACACUUUUCCUCACAAUAACCACUUCACUUAAGCUUAUUAUGAAGUAGAAAUUAGAGAAGGCAUGUAUCCACCUCUUUUCUCUGUUACGUUUCUUUUAUUUCUUCAUGUUGAUGAAAAAGCAGCGACGUCUGUGCAUUUGUUUGUUUUCUUUUUGUGCUUGUGUCAAAAUCUGCUUUUGUUUUGAAAAGUUUCUCCUGAAGCAAACUUUCAUUACAGGACGGCGUGUACGUUCACUUUUUGUGUGAUGAAUCAAAUAAAUGUUUUACUAAAAUGA